AUGCAAUUGCAAGCUACAUCAUGAGGAUCAAAUGUUAAACCGGGAACUACCAACAAUCACUAGAUUGAACCAGCCAAGUCCGAUCUGAAAUAGGAAAACCAAAGUUGACUCCAACAUUAUAAUUGACUUUUUUCAGGGACCCACUUUAAUAUUAGAUUCCUUCUUCUUCUUCUUCUUCAUCGUCAUCAUAUCUCUUCUUCUACGAAACAACAAUCGUAAAACAAACGCGUCGUGAUCUUUUCCCCCAAAUUCAAAUAAAACCCUAAUCCUCAGUUUUGGGAAUUCGAUCUGAAUCGAUUUCAACAUGGGCAACACAGACAAGCUGAUGAAUCAGAUAUUCGAUCUCAAAUUCACGUCGAAGUCUCUGCAGAGGCAGUCAAGGAAGUGCGAGAAGGAAGAGAAGGCGGAGAAACUCAAGGUGAAGAAGGCGAUCGAGAAGGGGAACAUGGAUGGUGCUCGGAUCUACGCCGAGAACGCCAUUCGCAAACGCAGCGAGCAGAUGAACUACCUCCGCCUCGCUUCUCGCCUCGACGCCGUUGUUGCCCGCUUAGACACUCAGGCCAAGAUGGCCACUAUCACCAAAUCCAUGACUAACAUCGUCAAGUCCCUCGAGUCUUCCCUCGCCACAGGCAAUCUACAGAAGAUGUCAGAGACGAUGGAUUCAUUUGAGAAGCAGUUUGUGAAUAUGGAGGUCCAAGCUGAGUUCAUGGAGAACGCCAUGGCUGGUUCUACAUCCUUGUCCACUCCAGAAGGCGACGUCAACAACCUGAUGCAGCAGGUAGCAGAUGAUUACGGUCUUGAAGUCUCUGUUGGACUGCCUCAGGCUGCUGGCCAUGCCAUUCCUACUGCAACAGAGGAGAAAGUUGAUGAGGAUGAUUUGUCCAGGAGGCUUGCAGAGCUCAAGGCCAGAGGUUGAACCAUGCUUGGACUAUCUGCCACUUAGGACGAGUUCCUUAUCGAAAUAUUACAGCUAUUAUCUGCGAACAUUGACGCAUUUGUGUAUAUUGCUCACUUUGAGACAUGCUUUGUUUACUAACUUUAUAUAAAACCUUCGUGUGUGCUUUGUUUUUAUCAUUUCAAUGAUAUGAGUUUGUGCAACAAAAAAGUAACAUCCUUAUUCGCAGAGUUCAGUGUUACAUCUAUACAUAAAUAUUCUAUUCUAUGUA